UUUUUAUUGUCUCUCAGGUUUCCUAACUUCCCUACAGCCUCUCCAUAUGGGAUUGGUCACUCGGAUCUGUAUCCAUUUGGGAUAGGGGGCGGAAUUGGCGGCGGAAUGCUGUUCGACCCGUUCGGUUCGCGGGAUAGGUCACUUCCUGAUCCGGGUAUCGGCAUCCCAGGUGGCUUGCCCAGGGGCAGUGUCCCGCCCGGUGCGAGGUUCGACCCUGUGGGACCGUCCGGAGGCCUGCCGAACCCUCGGAGGCAGCCGCCGCCCGACUCUGACCACCUCCCACCUCCAGGAUACGACGACAUGUUCAUGUGAACGCCUCGGGCGUGAUGUUAUUCCUCACGUUGUGUUAAACACUGUGCUCUGUGUUGUACCAAAUUAUCCUAUAUUUAGUUGUAUUCAAUAAAAGCAAGGCUGGUUAAAGUAAACACAAUAUUUUUGUAUUUUUAAAAUGUAAAAUCUCUUAGAAAAUAUAGUGUGUUACUUAAA